GAUGCUGGCUAUGCGGCCAUGUCCAAAGACGACUACGUGCUGAUCGUCUCCUCCGUGGCCGCGCUCGUCGCACUCUCGGCCGCCACCUUCUUCUGGUCCUGCCGGCGGCAGCGGAGCGACGCGGCUGGCCACGACGUGGAGCUCGGUGGCCGGGGCGCCGCGGGGCUCGACGAGGCCGUCUUGGCCGGGUACCCCACGCUGGUGUACUCGUCGCCUCCGCACGAGGAGGACGAGGAGGACUCGGGCGCUGGCGACACGGCGCGAUGCGCUGUGUGCCUGGUGGACUACGCCGACGGCGACGAGCUCCGACUGAUGCCGGACUGCCGGCACUCGUUCCACCAGCGGUGCGUCGACCAGUGGCUGCGGCAGCGCCCCACCUGCCCGGUCUGCCGGGCGCCGCCGCCGCCGCCGAGGAGGAGCUAGCAACCGGCAGC